AUGUUCGAAGAGAGGAUCCCCGUUCGCUUCGAGUUUAUCCUGGAUGCACGCGUUGAGCGGGGCCUAGGACUCGGCGUCGAUGACUUUGUCCGUCGUAAGGUAGUAGCGCACCAAGUCUUCAUGCUCUUCUGCGGGACAUCGCUACGAGAGACGAGCAGUCAGGCGUAUCGGACCUGUUUAUCCAAGAUCGCAGCUCUGAACACGGAAGUUUCAGAGCGAGACAAUGGAGUGGACAUCACGAUUCCAGUUUACGUGAACUUCCAUACCGGUUUUGCCCAGGUGCACGUUCAAGGUAUCGUGGAGUUCCUGGAUACGGUUGCUACUGACCCCAACUUAUCCGGUGCGUUGCUGGCUAUGAUGCGCAGCAAGCUUGGAGUUGCUCACGUGGGUCUGGCUCUUGAUAUGGACUUUGUAGACGGCGCACCUACGGACCAGGGGCCGUUCGCGCAUGUGAUGAGGAACAUUAUGGCGAACAAUCGCCGCCCGGCGGCUCCUAGCUCUGAGUCGUCAAGCCCGUUGAAAAAGUCUCUGGUGGAAGUGGAUUGCAUACGGACUUUUCUCGAGGAGAGCACAACAUCACUCUGCGGUGCAGGAGCUGUCCAUUCGCGCCUACGUGAAGCAGAUGCUGAGGAAUUUGUAGCUGUGCUCGAGUCCGAACACCCCGAAGGAUACCUGUUCGGAUUGCCUCGGGGGCAAAUGGAGGCGCGCGAGGCAAUAGUUAAUGCCAACGCACCGACCGAAGUCCUCCUCUUUGAUGAGCCCGUCCACUGUGUUUGGAUACUAAGCGACGACGGCGAAAGCGAGUGGGUGAGCGUGCUAGUUCCUGGGCACGGGAAAUGCCAGGUCCAGCGCUGCAACCUCACGUUCCCAGCUCGUGCGAGUGGGAUGGAUAGUAGCUUGAACGAAUUGAGAUCGCUCACGCUUGAUUUCGAUGAUAAUCGUGUUCCGGACACAAGUGGAUUUGCACGAUUUCUCGCAGCGAUUGGACCGAGGCUGAAGUGUUUGACGAUCAGCAAAGGGAAAGCAGAGUUUGACGACAACAUAGUACUUCAGUGUUGCCCUGCACUUGAUGAGCUAGUACUCUAUGAAGGUGCCGUGGACAUCCGACUCAAUAUCGCUGAAAUUCACGAAAGCAAGCGAAAACUUCUGAAACUGACGUACAAUUGGGCGGAUCUGGCUGCAUCUUUGGCGGAUUUUGCUGACCUGAGCAACGCGCUCUAG